UUUGACAAUCCAUGUUUUGGUUUUUCUUGGGAGGAAAAGGAAGCCCAGAAUUAUGGUGAUUUACGGAGUUUAUAUAGUUAGUAAGUCCGGCGGACUAAUUUUCAACCUCGAUCACAACGUUCCGAAGGUGGAAAAUGAGAAAACCUUUAGUUUCCCUUUGGAUUUGAAGCUCGACUUUGACUCCAAGAAAGUUACUGUUGUUUUUGGCCAAAGAGACGGAAUUACAGUGGGUCAUGUUCUUUCAGCGAUAAAUGGUGUAUCUGUGAGCGGUGUGACACUUGAGGACGGCCGAGAUGCUAAGGAAGUGAUUGAGAAUCGAGACAACUACCCACUAAACUUGAAGUUCCACCGGCCGAAAAUGACAACGAAUGAGAAGAUCGUCCUUGCCAGCACCUUCUACCCUUUAUUCGCUAUUGCGAGCCAAUUGAGUCCUGAACCCAAGAGUUCGGGAAUUGAGAUGCUCGAGACAGAAACAUUUAAGCUCAACUGCUUCCAGACACUCACGGGAGUGAAGUUCAUCCUGAUAAGUGAACCUCUGCAAGCGGGAAUGGAGAUACUUUUGAAGAAGAUCUAUGAAUUGUACGCUGAUUACGUCCUCAAGAAUCCCUUCUACUCAUUGGAAAUGCCCAUCAGAUGCGAGCUGUUCGAUACAAAUCUUCAGGCACUGCUGGAGCAGGUGGAGAAGAACGGCAUAUCGAGUAUUUAAGUCAUCUAAUUUCUGGUUUAAUUUAAUAAAUUGUUACGGA